AUGCUAGCAGCAUGUGUUUACGUGCAAUUGAUACUAGCGUUUUUUGCGCAAGUGAUUGCUGGGUCUCAGGUGCGCUUCAAAGCCGGUUCUUUCACCAGAAACGAACUUCUGCAAUAUAGACGAGAAGUCAAGGAACUUUUCUACUUCGGGUUCGACAAUUACCUCGGAAAAGCAUUUCCAUAUGAUGAACUGCGUCCAAUAACGUGCGUUGCGAAAACGCGCAAUUUCACGGACUCUCAAGAUUUUGCCACAAACGAUGUUUUAGGUAAUUUCUCGGCGACUUUUAUCGACUCUUUGACGACUUUGGCAGUCUUCGGUGACGCUGACAGGUUUUCGCAGGCAGUCGAUACCGUGAAGCAGCGAGUGUCACUGGAUUUUGCGAUCCCAUCCACCAUUCAAGUCUUUGAAACUACGAUCCGCAUUUUAGGAGGAUUGUUGUCGGCACAUCUGUAUGCGACUGAUCCAAGGAAAAAAGUUUAUUUGGGCGACAAGUACGAUGGAUUCCUGCUGGAGAGAGCGCGUGCACUCGCUGACCGCUUGAUUCCUGCAUACUACACCAGCAGUGGUCUCCCCUUGGCCAGGAUUAAUUUACGUGACCGUUUCGAAGGGCUGAGCCCUGAAAUUCUGGAUGAAAACAAUGCAGCAGCAAUUGCCUGUCCAAUGUUGGAAUUCACCGUGCUCUCUUAUUUGACGCUUGACGAAAAAUAUCACCGGGUUACGAGGUAUGCUCUCGACAAAAUUUGGUCCCAACGAAGUCUCCUCAAUUUAAUGCCUAUGUCGUUCGAUCCGGUGAAAAUGACGUCUUAUAAUCGAAUGACAGGCAUUGGAGCAUCGAUAGACUCGUUUUACGAAUACGCGCUUAAAGGCGCCAUUUUGUUCGACGACGAGGAACUAUUUCAAAUAUGGGACAAGUCCUACUACGCUCUCCAUGUCCACGCUAAAGGCGAUUGGCUCUAUGCGAAUGUAAACGUCGAUUGGGGACAGGCCGUCUCUACGUGGAUUGAUUCAUUGGGGGCUUUUUUCCCAGGCCUGCAAGUUCUUGCUGGCGAUGUGCAAGACGCCCAAUACAAGCAUCUGAUGUUUUUGAAAUUGUGGAAUACGUUUGGCGGAAUUCCCGAACGUUGGAACUUCCAACUGCCCCGUGACGACAGCGACCCGGAAACUAAAACAACCGACCAAAAACUUCGAGCAUCAAUACCACUAGAAUGGUAUCCAUUGCGACCCGAGUUUAUUGAAUCUACUUAUUUUCUAUAUCGUGCUACCAGGGACCCAUUUUAUUUGCAAGUUGGACGCACGAUACUUGACGAUUUAAAAACGAGAUUCAAGUCUAAUUGUGGAUUUGCAGGGAUUCAAGACGUUGUGACGGGCAAGCUUCAGGAUCGUAUGGAGACCUUUGUCCUGUCCGAGACCUUGAAGUACUUAUAUUUAUUGUUCGACGACGAUAAUGAAAUGCACCAUGGAAGCGAAGCUGUCAUUUUCAGUACAGAGGCUCAUCCGCUGUGGCUCACUAGGGAAAUGCGGCAUGCAUACCAAUCCCACGGUUACCUCAACGACACCAUUUUCAAGCGGUAUAUGCGAAGGUGGAAACCUAAUGAUCGAAACUCGCCCGUAAUGGGAUUUUUCAGGUCGAUUGCAAAGACACUGUUCUCACCAGAGGAAGCGUAUGAGAAUCCGGAAUGGCCGCAAUCUUCAGUACCGGACGCGAGAAUUGGCCGUCGCGUUUGCCCCGCAGCGCCAAAAUCGUCCGCUGGCCCGCUCUACUCAUACAUGCUCACAGACUUCUCGAGACUGUUUGAGAUUGAUAACAGAUACGAAAGCACGCUAAUCAAGCCAGAAUGGGCUCGAACUAGAACGGCGAUGGAGCUCGAACCCGGAUUUUAUGAGAGGUGGGGGUGCUCUCGAGAAUGUAGGAGUAGGCCGCGAACAUCGACCGAGGGAUUUGAGAUGUCGUUUGAUCGCACUUUACCCGGGUCCAUGACUAAACAGUUCUCGACCGCGGACGACGCCAAUGGAUCCGAAGUAUACCUCAGGCUCAAUUCUUUGGCGGGGAGACACCUGUUGCUCGAGAGAUUGCGGCCGCGCGCCGUUGAUUCUUACGGUAACUACGUGGAGGAGAACAUGUUCCAAGAACCAACGCUGUUUGACGUGCACCGUCCACGAGCAUGCUCCCACCAUGCCAGCCAGUCUCCGGCCCUGCUGUACCGCAUUACGGGCGUUGACGGAACGUCAAUGCCAUCAAAUUUCACGCUACUGCUGGACAAGAACCCUACCUUCACUGAUGGCGGCACAGUAGAUUCCAUUGGCUACAAUGCGCAGAAUGUAAUACUAUUCAAUUGUGUUCCGGUGAUCAAUGCUUUGGUUCAAGACAUCACGUAA